GGAAAAAAGUUCGAAAUUGCGUGUAUAUAUAGGCGAGUUCGACUUUCAGCACAGAGACGCUUUCGUCACUCGCGCCUGCUGUCGCCGGCUGUGAUAUGUGUCAAUGUGCGUUGCAACUGUUUCAAUAGCAAAUCACGAAUUGUAGUCAUUCAGCUCUUGAUCUCCUCUCAGAAGAAAUACUCGUAGACGUGCCCAUAUUUAUUAUUAACUUGCACAACGAAUACCGAUAACCAGUCGUAAUAUACGAGCAUUUAAACUUUGCAACUUUGCAUGUUAAUUGACUUUACAAGUGCGCAAAUAGUAUACUACUGAUCAUAUGAUUUUUUUCCAAACAUGGCUCCAAUGAAAAUUGUGCCGUUUUUUUCCUCGUCUUUUCCAAUUAUUUGGUGGAAAAAAAAUUUGUUCACGCAUAUUCAUUUCCAUGCAUAUUCACUGGAAACUAUUUAGAAUCUAUCAACUCAGCAAUCGUUUCUAUGGUAACUUCAAUUGAAUUUCCGCCUGUUGUCACAGUUCGCUGUAAAUUGUGCAAGUUUUGUCAUUUGAAAGUAGCGACUAUAUUUUUUUCCUGGGUAACCUAAAAGAUAAUAGAUCUUUGAAGGCAAUGACUGACAGAAAAGGCACCCUGAAGUCAGAUAAGCCGAAAUGGAAAAGCACGAUAAGGUACACCCAAAGAAACACUGUCCUCGACGGACUCGGUGAUAAAUCUGAUGACUAUGAGUAUUGGCUGCGCUUCCAAAAGCCACUCCGGCCCGAUGAUCAACUCGAUUUAAUAGAAGCAGAGCUUUCCGAAGAAAUCACCAAACAUUUGGACACCGAACACAAAAAUUUUCCCAAAAAUUUAGUUAUAUACAGUUUCAAAGAAUAUGGCUACGUACCGCUUCCACCACCGUCCAAUAUUGGUGUACUGCUGGAAAUUGAAGGUAAUUCCGUACCCAUUGAAUGUGAUGCGGGAGAAAAACUAGCUGAGGAUGUCGGAGCAGGCAUACCACCUCCGGUUGAUGGUGCUCAGUCAGACGGCGAUACCGUUGAUACAAAAUCAAAAUCAACUGAAAUCGACACAAGCACCACGGGUGCCGUUGCAGACGAAGUAGAUAACGACGAAAUCAUUGUCGGUAUUCAGAACUUAGAUGAUGUACCCACUAAUCAAAGCACCAUCGAAGACAAUGUUGAUGAGAUAGUUGACACCGAUGAUGCUUCGACAAAAGUCACUGAUGCUUUGAACGUUGACAACGACGAUGACGAUAUAUUAACCAAGCAACAGCCGAUUCAGGAGGCAGAAAAGAAGAAAAAAUUGAUCAAUCAGUUCAAUUAUUGUGAACGUGCCGUAUUGACACUGAAUAAUCCACCCAGAAAUGUUGAAACCCAGACGAUUCCACCUCCACGCUCGACGUUCGGUUCGUACGUGCUUCAAUGGAUCAUUUAUGACUCAUACGCCGAAGAUUUUGAGCAAACCGAACGCGACAAAGAAAAGGAACGAAAGGCAGCAAGUGCGGUGAUAUCAGCUCAAUCGAAACAAUUUGAUAUUGUCAAGCGCACCGGAAAAGGUCCAAUUAAUGAAGAACUUAACCGAAAUUAUUUACGUUGCUGGCAAAUUUUGGAACGAAUGAUAAACCAAAAUAUUUUUGAUGAAAUUGCGCUCGACUAUCGAUACUAUGAGGAUCCAUCGGACGAGUUCCGAGAUGAAGAAGGAACGCUUUUGCCUUUAUGGAAAUUUCAGUAUGAAAAAACGAAAAAAAUGAAUGUGACCGACAUAUGCUUCAACACAAUGCAUUAUGACCUGUUUGCUGUUUGCUUUGGAUCAUUUGACUUCAUGAAGCAAUUGCCAGAAGGACUAGUGUGCUUUUUCACGAUCAAAAAUCCCUCUUAUCCGGACUACAUAAUUACAACCGAAAGUGGAGUUAUGUGUUGCGACAUUCAUCAAAAAUAUCCGUAUUUACUGGUGAUUGGCAUGUUCGAUGGUAACGUAGCCGUUUAUAAUCUGGAAUCGAAUCCAACAAAGCCGAUGUACAUAUCGCGCGGUACUGACGGCAAACACUCAAACAUUGUGUGGGAGGUGAAAUGGGGUGCCGAUAUUUACGAUGGUGAGCUAAAUUUUUAUUCAAUUUCGGCCGAUGGAAUGAUCUAUAAUUGGGUACUGAUGCAAAGCCAAUUGAGUUUGACAACCAUUACCACAUUGUUUGUGAAUCAAGAAAUAUCUACAGGUCCCGACGGCAACAGUGUUAAACUCAAAGCUGCUGGGACAUGCAUGGCAUUCCACCCGAAAUUGUCAAAUAUCUUUUUGGCUGGAUCGGAGGAGGGUCAAAUUUUCAAAUGCAGCACCGAAUUCAGCUCGAGAUAUUUGAUGAGCUACAAUGCACAUUACCUGCCAGUUUAUCAUAUUGACUUUAAUAAAUUUAAUUCGAAUAUAUUCGUGUCGUGUGCGGCUGAUUGGCGAGUUAAAAUUUGGGAAGACAUGCGAAGCGAGCCAUUGUUCAUAUUCGAUCUGGGCGCAAGCGUUGGUGAUGUUAAAUGGGCACCAUAUUCUAGUACAGUCCUAGCAGCAUUGACAACAGAUGGCAAAGUAUUUGUUUUUGACAUCAAUGUGAAUAAAUACAAGCCAAUAUGUGUGCAGCAAGUGGUACCUAGGAAAUCGGUGCGUCUAACUCGGAUUGCGUUCAACAAACGUAUUCCAUUUAUCAUUGUUGGCGAUGACAAAGGAACCGUUACGACAUUGAAGCUCUCUCCGAAUCUGCGGCUCAAAGAGAAACCACCGAAAAAAGGUCAGAAUAUCGACCAAAGUAUGCUUCAAGUCCAAAAACUAGAUAAAUUGUUAUCUUUAGUGCGUGAGCUGCCCGAAGACACGGAACAAGCCGAAAAGGAUAGCGACUCAUCCGAUUCGGACUCUUAA